GCAGCGGUUCGUUCGACAAAAUAUCAUCUUAGGCGCUUGAUGCAAAUGACUCACUUUACACAUGAGGAACUUACCACUUGUCUAACUCAAAUUGAAGCCGUUUUGAAUUCCCGUCCACUCACCCCUCUCUCAUCUGAUCCCACUGACCUAUCUGCUCUUACUCCUUCCCAUUUCUUAAUCGGACGAUCUCUUUUAUCUGUACCUUAUCCACAGGUGACAAACAUGAAGGUCGAGCAAUUGCAACGUUACGAAAGAAUCAAUUAUAUGAAGCAACAUUUUUGGAAGCGAUUUUCUAAAGAAUACGUCUCUUUACUUCAAACUAAGACUAAAUGGUUCCAUUCAACAGGAAAUCUAUCUGUGGGGACUCUUGUACUAUUGAAGGAAGCAGGUCAACCUCCCCUACUGUGGCCAUUGGGACGAGUCACCAAAAUUUACCCUGGCGUCGAUGGCGAUUCAAGAGUGGCAGAACUGAAGAUGAAAGGGAGAACUGUUCUGCGAAGCUACAAAAACAUC